CCACCCCUUUCCUUUCCGGGCUGAGCAGACGGAGCCAGGAGAAUACUCGGAGGAGCGAGGCGCGGCUACUGCACAGCCAGGAGCCAGGACUGCUGGAUGCUUUACAAUGUAAACUCUUAGACUUGAAUUGUUAAUGUAGACCAGGCUAUAAAACCCGUAGUUUUAUACUUUUUAUUUCGACAAACUGAAAAUGGCUUUUGGAAAGAUGGCUAAACUUUUCAGUGCGCGUUUGGUGCGCACAGUUUUGGCACUGGUGCUGUGCGCGCGGCCCGGGUUCGCCUUCUCUGUGGCCGGGCAGCAGGACAGCACCUGUGAGGCCAACGGGAGCAUUUACUACGUGGGGGAAUGGUACUUCCUGGACUCUGACCACUGCACUCAGUGUGAGUGCACGGCCGAGGGAGCUGCUUGUGCCCGCACCGAGUGCACGUCUCUCCCGGCCGCCUGCAUCCACGUGAGCCAUUACCCCACUGACUGCUGUCCCCGCUGUGAGAGGAUCGGCUGCGAGUACCGAGGGGUGGUCUACGACCUGGGACAGAACUUCCAGCCGUCAGAGUGUGAGCAGUGUACCUGUGACAGUGAUGGCAUCGCCCGCUGUCUGGUGGCUGACUGUGCCCCUCCCCCCUGUGUGAACCCCGUGUACCAGCCUGGGAAGUGCUGUCCCGAGUGCCAGGAGGGUCCCAACUGUUACGUGGAUGACUCCCGGUCUCAGGUGAUCCCAGCUGGAGACCCGGUCUGGGUGGACUCUUGCACCAAAUGUCGUUGCCAUGACGGCCAGGACGCGGGGUACUGGGAGGGGAACCGCCUGGCCACCUGCUCCAAGCUCAAGAACUGCACGCCAGAACAGCCCUCUAUUCAACAGAACUGAGACAGAAGACCUCGGAAAACUGUUAGCAAGGAAUGUAUGAAUAAUGUUUUUAAACAAGAUGGAUGCAAGUGAAUGGAGAUAUUCUACAUGUAUGAGCAGGUAUGUUGGAAAGGGGGCUAGACAACUCUGGUUGUUGAUAAACAGACGUUAAUGUAACAAAGGUGGGGUAACAGGUCAUUUGGUUUCUUACCUGAUAAUGCAGCCAAAUACAUAAUGUUAACACAGAAACAUCAUGUAAAAUGUACUGGAUUUAUGGCUAGUCCUCAAAUACUAUACUUCCAUUAUUCUCCAAGUGUUUUAUGUAGACCCAUAGACUAUAUAUAGACUUCCUUGUGCAGUGUGUAGACAACAACAAAGGCGCUUUGACUGUACCUUGUAAACUGUUUUAGUAAUGGGUGGAUCGAUGCCUAAAUAUAUCACAAUAUGGACUUGGUACUGAGAAGUAGA